GCAAACUGGAUUGCUGACGAAUAUACUGGAUAGCUCUGCUCAGACCGAAAUGGAUUUGUCCUCUCUGUCUACCGACGUUCGAACAGUUCUCGAGGAAUAUCGCGAUGGGCGAAAACACGAUCUCGAAGCCACCCGAAAAGUUAUCUCAGACGCAUCCAAGAAGAAUGAAAAGAACUUGGCACGCCACAUUGACAUGGUCACCAAACAACUCAGUGUUUCUUUUACCGAUCAUAUCAACGGAGCGUUCGCGAAUGCUGCGAAGCAGGACGCUGCAGCUCAACUUACAGCUACCGAGGAGCAUCUGCUCCGGAGUCUCAAGUUUGACCGGAUGAAUGAACGUCGGAAUCAAAUCUCGCCUUCUUGUCCAGAUACUUUUACGUGGAUGUUACGCGACGGUAGCGAAGCUGAUCCU